AUGAAUAUGAUGGAUAAAAUCGAGAGUAACAUAAGCUCGAACGUCGUCGACAAUAAGCUUGACCCUCUCGACGACAUUGACCCAAACAAGAAGUUGGACCGUCAGACAGGUAGCCGUGUAGCCAAUGCACUUCAUGCCAUGCAGGAUGCCAUUUCUGGAGACAACUCUCAUAAAACUGGCAUGGCCUUCAAUGAUAGUGAAGAGGAAGAGCCAAUGGAUAAGAGAAGAGAGUCGGAUGUCAACAAUAAGGAAAUGUGA